AUGAUUAUACAGUACAGCUAGACCAAUCAAGUUUUCAUUGGUCACCACUCACCAGUCACCACAAAAAUAGAAGUGAGCUAAUGGGCCCAAGUUGGGGGAGGCUUUUAUCAUGGACCAUGGAGCCCGCCCAGCCCGGCACCGCAGCCCAAGCCUCAAAUGCUUCGCCCGCUAAACCUGAUUUGACCACUGCGUUUCGCUCCCUCAUGGACCCCGUCUUUCCGAAACUCAGCGUCGAGAGAGAGAGACAGCAGACUCCAUCGGCGACCAGCAUGGAACCGGAGGAGGUGACUUCGUCGGCGGCGAGGCGGCGUCUGUCCUGUACCAAGCACUUUGACGCCCUCUGGUUCUGCUAUUCCCCAGUUCAUCAGAUGCAGCAGUAUUAUCGGCUUGGAGUGCUCGACAAUUGCUCGGGGAAAUGGAGCGCCCUCUAUGACUGCUUGACUCUCAAGACCAAGAGGUCUUCCGAAAUCGAGGCUAUUCUUGAUACCCGCGAGAAAGCCAAAACUCAUAUCUGGACUUUCCGGAGCAAGGAGGAAGCAUCAGCCUACUGGACAGAGCAAUACGGGGAUAUGGAUGAAGUUGAAUGAAAGUUGCUCUUUUUGUUGUUGGUUUUUUCCCUGCCAGAUGUAGGGACCCAGGAACGAUUUCUGCCUUCUCGGCUGAUGGUCUCUCUGUGCUACUGCUAGUAGAUUGAGUCCUGAUGUCUGCUGUCCUGGUACGAAGUCCUGAUCAAAACCUCGAGUUGAUUGGCGCGUAGGUGACAUGUCUUUUUUUGGUCUAAUCAGCUGGUUUAAUCCAGUUAAGUAUACGAUAAAGCGAUGCUAUUCUUUUAGCAUGUAUCGUGAAUGCAUAAAUCGAUAUUUGGUCGAUCACAGUAAGUUGCGUCGUUGGUAAUUAGGAUUUGACGAGUUAUGCUCACAAUUGUGCCAUUCAAACUGGAAAGCUACUUGAGAACAUUCUGCUCUUGCCCAUUAUGUUAAAAUCUCAAAUAAAAUCACCAUAUAUGAC